GCGUUUGGUCAGGCGACCGGAUCGGCCCGUGUGUGAGGCGUGGUGUUGGAGACCCGAGGUCUGGGCAGCAGGGCCGGGCCGGGCCAGGCUGGGCCAUGCCAUUCAGUCCGCCGCCAGCAAGUCCUUUUCACCGCUGUUCUUAGCUCUGUUCUCAUGCGCCGGGCAGGACGCGAGUGCCCGCCUGCAAAGCGCCGACAGCGAGCGAACAAAACUUCACAUUAACGUGGUGUUGAUGAGGCUUCCGUGAACUUGCAUUGUCCCCAUCGUCCGUAUUUACAUCUUUCUCUGUGCAUUUUCUGCAUGUAAUGUUCAUCUUUUAAAAUAGGACGCAGUCUAGAAAGCAAGGAAUGGCAACUAAACUAAAAAGGACAGAAGGAAAAAUAGCGCCAAUGAGAUUAUAUACACUUUCCAAGAGGCACUUUGUCCUAGUGUUCAUUGUGUUCUUCAUCUGUUUUGGAGUGAUAGUUUUGAUCGGAAUAGCUGGUCCUGAAAUUAUUACAUCCAGAGCAUUGCCUCCAAUCUCACCCACCACUAAGGGUAAUCUGACAAGCCCUUUAAAACUGCAAACACCGGGACUGUCCACAUACAAUCAGGAAUUAUGGUUAACAUGUCAUUUUGAACAGAAUUCAGUUGUGGAGAUCCGGAAGAAUGUGUCCAUGAUGGUUACAAUAAGUGGAGUCAUGCAAGACACCAGUGUACCAAACAUCAGGGUGUAUCCCCAUAACCACACUCGGUCUCUUCACUGUGCAAAUCGGCUCUGUGAUGAAAUAAUUGUGUUACAUCUCGGUUAUCUGAACUACACAGAGUAUGUGAUCACUGUCACCUUUUACAAUCUAAUGAGCUCAGAGUUUCCAAUUAAAGAUGUGAAUUUCACUCUGAAGAUGUAUAAUGCCUCAUUUUCACAAGUGGAGAUCUGGUUCCGAUUUAUCUUCGUCGUUUUCACGUUCAUGGUUACGUGCCUGUUUGCUCACUCUUUGAGGAAGUUUUCAAUGCGUGAUUGGGCGAUUGAACAAAAAUGGAUGUCUAUCUUACUGCCUUUAUUACUGCUUUAUAAUGACCCGUUCUUCCCACUCUCAUUUCUUGUGAGCAGCUGGUUUCCAGGAAUGCUCGAUGACCUUUUCCAAGCAAUAUUCCUCUGUGCAUUGCUGAUAUUUUGGCUUUGUGUUUAUCAUGGAUUUCGUGUGCAGGGAGAGAGGAAGUUUUUAACUUUUUAUUUGCCCAAACUGAUUAUUGUUGGUCUUCUCUGGCUGGCUGCUGUUACUCUGGGGAUAUGGCAGACGGUUAAUGAACUACAUGACCCAACAUAUCAAUACAGAGUGGACACAAGCAACUUCCAGGGAAUGAAGAUUUUCUUUUUGAUAGUUGGUUCCGUCUAUAUACUAUAUCUGGUUUUCCUGAUUGUGAGGGCAUGCUCUGAACUGAAAAAUAUGCCAUACUUUGAUCUCCGCCUGAAAUUUUUGACUGGGCUAACAUUUAUUGUUCUAAUAAUAAGCAUUGUCAUAAUAUAUCUGAGGUUUGGAGCAAACAUCCUGCAAGAUAACUUUGUGGCUGAGCUCUCCACUCACUACCAGAACUCAGCUGAAUUUCUGUCCUUCUACGGCCUGCUGAACUUCUAUCUGUACACGCUGGCAUACGUUUACUCCCCUUCGAAGAAUGCUGUGUAUGAAUCCCAGCUAAAGGAUAACCCAGCCUUUUCCAUGUUAAACGAUUCUGAUGAUGAUGUUAUUUACGGGAGUGAUUAUGAAGAGAUGCCUCUACAAAAUGGCCGUGCCAAUAAAUCCAAGUAUCAGGAUGAGUCUGAUAGUGAUUGAAGUACAUCUUAGAGGACUCAUCGAUUCCAAGGACUUAUCCAUCUUGUUAAAUUCUGAGAAUGGAUGAUGGAGCCAAAUUUACUUUGAACUGAUUAUCAUGUCGGCAUCUUCUUAGCUGAGAUCUCUCACUGGUAACUCCAUCUGUAAAUAUUUAAUUAUUUCACACUCCUGCCACCUCAUCUAGUUGUUCUUUCCUCAUUGAUAUCUUGAAGGAUCAGAUCACUGUGUUGAAGAUGAGCAUUUUUUUUCCGUCAAUAGGGAUUAAUUAGAGUGUACAGUUUUAUCAGAAAACAAAUCAUGUAGCUUCUAAAGUCAUUUAUAUCAUAUGAACAAAUGUAAUGAUCUGAAUGUUUGUGUUGUGAGCCUGUUUUUAGACUAGAUGCCAUACACAAGGUGAUUCAAACCCUAGAGUGGGGUAAUGAGGUAACUUUUUAAAGUAACAUUUUGGAUGGUGCUUAUGAUGGUGUUUUAAAAUCAAAAAUGUCUAAUAAAUAAAUUAAGCUGUGGGCCGGAGAUUGACAUUCUAGGCUCUCCUGGAAUUAGCACUAUGACAAUGAUGUACUUUAUAAAGUUAAAGCUACUCUCUAAACAACAAAAUCUAGUGUAAAUCAAGAUUGAAAUUUCAAUCUCUUUCUUUUAGAACAUGAUACAAUUUUAGAUACUUAUGCAAGUAAUACCUGGCACUACAAUUUAAGAGCUAAUGUCAGAAAGGGAAGUUAGCUCUGUCCAGACUACUAAAGCAUUAUUGUUUACAGGAGUUAUUUCUCCCCAGUAAAUUACCCUCAACUGCCCUGUACUUGAAACCAUACAGACAUUUCUUUGGAUGUAUCUUUCGUCAUGGUCUGACUUGCUUUUCUUGGUAUCAUGAAAGGGCAUUUAGUUCUGCUUUAGAGAGUAUAACUGCCGUAACAUCUAAAUACCUGCCCUAAAUUAGGACAAUAACCAUUUGUAAUUAAUUUUUCUCACUAUUGCUAUCUCUAACUAUCCUUGCCCUAAUCCUACCUAGCUAAAUAUAUUCUAUUUUUCCUUAUUUAUUUUUUAUCAUGCAAAAGUAUUUAAGUUUUGGUCUGAUUGGAAAAACUAGUAUUUUCCAAUGUUCCAGGUAAUAAACAUCUAACAGAACUGAAAAUAUUUAUUUUGAAAACAUUCCAGUGCCACUCAAAUAUAUGGUUAUUCGACAUUCCAGAUUUUGGACGUAAAUAUAGUGCAAUGCAAGGAGGAUGCAAAUAAUUUUAAAUUUACUUUUUUUUACUCCUUUCAUGAGAAGGAAUAAACUUGUAUCCCUCAGGAACAUAAAAUAGUUUAUUAAUUGAAGCAAAUUUGCAAAGUAGACACAUCUGCCACCUUGGUUUCAUAUCUAUUUGAGCUACAAAGCUCAAAAGAAUGAGCAGCUGAUUGUUUUUUGCUGCUGAUUGAGAAGAGAAUAAAGGCAGGAUUCUGGCAGAAUCUCACCUUUGGGUUGAUUCCAGUUGAGCAAGGUGUAUUUGUGGCUGCACUGAGGAAAUGUAACACAUGCUCUGUCCAUGAUCGUUGCAGUGUACACUCGGGAAGUCUAAUUACUCAGUUUCCAAUGUAAUUUACCUACAUUUUUUCAAGUUUACCAGCUCAAAAUUAUUUUGCUAUAUGAAAGGGAGGGGGCACUUUGACAUAAAAAAUUCAAAAUCCGCUUGUGGUGUCUAAUCGCUUCAGGGAGACAAAGUGAGGCCUACUGUCUUCACUGCAGAUCCACAUCUCAAACAGGGUUUAAUCAUAUCUGGUCCACCAAUUGCCAUGUUAUUUUUACCUGAUAUUCGUUAGAUCUUAAAAGUAAAACCCUACAUAUAACUGCAUGAUUGGGCAUAAUUCUAAUAAUAACACGUCCAAACCCUUGGUGUGUCAUAAAGGCCCAUGCUUCAAACUCUAUACCUCACCAAUUACUGGGUGACUCUGAUUUCCCCAACAGUGGUGUCACCUUGUACAACAUCUAUAUAUGUUCUAGCCAUCAUAUGAAUUGCAUUCCCAUUUCCUCAUAUAAAUUGUUCCCAGCAAACUUGGUGACAAACCAACCAAAUAGCCUCUAGCUCUAAACUACCAAUCUUCAGCCAUUCCACAUCUGUGACAAUGAAGACAGCUAGAGCGAGUGCCCUUGUGUGUUGACGUGAUGCAGUCAGUGCCUGAACAAGCUAAUGUAUCCAUGUGAAUUGAAGGAUUAAAUAAUUGCUUCGCAGGGCUGCCAACUCUCACGCAUUGAGCGUGAGAAUCACACAUUUCACCAAAUUCUCACGCUGAUCACAAAUUUCUCACGCUCUGUCGUGAGAAAUUCUGCGAUCAACAACAAUUUCAAAAUUCAUAUCAACUGCAUCAGCCGUGGGUGUUGGAGAGCCGGGACUGAGGGAGGAAUGGAUGCAGAGGCAGCGGCAGGGACAGAUGUGGACGGGGUGCUGGGGCUGGCGAGUGUUUGCCGGGCUGGUGAGUCGCUAGCUGCAGCUACGGCCAUGGAGCAGCCGCAGUGCAAGAGUCCCGGGCCGUCUGAGAUGUCAGAAGCGUUGCGCCACUGCCGUGAGAGUCUCUGUGCCGAAUUCGCCCAAGUGACCAGCAUGGAUCAGGCUGUGGCCCGGUGCAUCCUGAAGGACAACCAGUGGCUGCUGGAAGUAAGUACCAAGCACUGGGUAGAAACGGUGGAAGAUAGUGGCCUUCAAAUGGGGGUGGUUGGAGAAAGCAUCCUGCUUGCCUGCUAGAUUUUCACUUACUGUAACUGCAAGAAAAAUGUUCCCGAUGUUGGAUUUCAGAACCAGGGGUUUAAGAACCACAGUUUAAGAAUAAAGGGUAGGCCAGUUAGGACUGAGAUGAGGACAAACUCUCUUCAUGCAGAGAGUUGUAAAUCUGUGGAAUUCUCUGCCGCAGAAGGGCCGAAUGGCUUAUUCCUGCACCUAUAUGUUUCUAUGCUUGAGUAUAUGGCAAUAAAACUUGACCACUUGAUUUUGAAGCAUUCAUGCAUGGUGGAGGUAUAAUAUAGUCAUGUAAUACAGUGUGAAAAUAGGCCCUUCGGCAAAACUUGCCCAUGCCCGCCAACAUGUCCCAGCUACACUACCUGCUUUUGGUCCAUAUGCCUCCAAACUUGUCCUAUCCGUGUAUCAGUCUAACUGUUUCUUAAAUGUUGGGAUAGUCCCUGCCUCAACUACCUCCUCUGGCAGCUUGAUCCAUACACCCACCACUCUUUGGGGGGAAAAAGUUACCCCUUAAAAAGUUACCUCUUAAAAAAAUAUUCCAAACAAAAAACAUUGAAAUAA